GUGAAUGUGGCGGAGAGUCUGGCGCAGAGACUCACGGACUGUGGUUUUCCGACGAAAUCGAGGAAUUCGGAGGUCGGAGUGGCGGAGAGUGUGAGAAAAUGGAAGGAUACGGUUGAGAAGAAAAGGAAUAUGAUGGUCAAGAGUCGGAAUCGGGUGGCUGUUGCUUGGACUUUGGUUGCCUUGUGCUGUGGCUCACACGCAUCGCAUAUCUUGCACUCUCUUGGGAUUCAUAUCCACGGACCAUUGAUGGAGAUACUUCAUAACUCGUAUGUGAAGGGUUGCUUCGCUUUGGUUGCUCUUUUAGGACCAGGACGAGAAUUACUUUUUGAUGGUCUGAGGGCAUUCAAGAAGGGAUCACCGAAUAUGAACUCUCUUGUGGGUUUUGGAGCAGUUGCUGCAUUUAUUAUCAGUGCGAUCUCACUUCUUAAUCCUCAGCUGGACUGGGAUGCCUCAUUUUUUGAUGAACCGGUCAUGCUUCUUGGUUUUGUGCUUCUUGGGCGUUCUCUGGAGGAAAGAGCAAGGGUUAAGGCUUCUAGUGAUAUGAAUGAACUUUUAUCAUUGAUCUCUUCUCAUUCACGACUUGUGAUAACUCCAUCAGAAGGCAAUUCCUCCAUGGAUGAUGUGCUUUGCUCCGAUGCAAUUUGCCUUCAGGUGUCUACUGAUGACAUUCGGGUUGGAGACUCGAUAUUAGUUUUGCCUGGAGAGACAAUUCCUGUGGAUGGGAAGGUUCUUGUGGGAAGAAGUGUUGUGGAUGAAUCAAUGCUUACUGGGGAAUCUCUACCUGUAUUUAAGGAAGCAGGCCUUAUGGUCUCAGCUGGAACUGUAAACUGGGAUGGCCCUUUGAGAAUUGUAGCAUCUUCGACUGGCUUGAACUCAACAAUCUCCAAGAUUGUUAGAAUGGUUGAGGAUGCUCAAGGCCAUGAAGCACCUAUACAAAGGCUUGCAGAUUCCAUAGCUGGGCCAUUUGUGUACACUGUAUUGACUCUCUCAGCGGCAACAUUUGCAUUUUGGUACUGCUUUGGUACCCAUAUUUUUCCUGAUGUUUUGAUCAAUGAUAUUGCUGGACCAGAUGGAGACCCCUUUCUUUUAAGCUUGAAACUUUCAGUUGAUGUCUUGGUAGUUUCUUGCCCAUGUGCACUUGGACUAGCCACUCCCACAGCAAUUCUAGUUGGCACCUCCCUUGGGGCUAGACGGGGACUCCUAAUAAGAGGGGGAGAUGUAUUGGAACGCCUGGCAAGCAUAGAUUGUUUUGCUUUUGACAAGACAGGGACACUUACUGAAGGAAAGCCUACUGUUUCUUCUGUGGUUUCUUUUGUUUAUGGAGAAGCAGAAAUUCUUCAAGUUGCUGCUGCAGUAGAGAAAACUGCUUCACAUCCAAUUGCAAAAGCUAUAAUAGAUAAAGCAGAAUCUUUGAAUUUAACCAUUCCAGUCACAAGAGGGCAGCUGGUAGAACCAGGCUUCGGAUCCUUUGCCAAUGUAAAUGGGCGACUGAUUGCAGUUGGUUCAUUAGAAUGGGUUAAUGAUCGAUUUGAAAAACAAGCGAGUCCCUCUGAUCUUAAGAAUCUCGAGCAUUCUGUGUUUCAGUCAAUAUGGGGGAUAUCAUCUUCAAACAAUUCAAAAACAGUUGUUUACGUUGGAAGUGAAGGAGAGGGCAUCGUUGGUGCUAUUGUAAUAUCCGAUAGCCUGCGCUAUGAUGCUGGAUCUACUGUUCAUAGGCUCCAGAAGAAGGGGAUCAAAACAGUCCUCUUAUCUGGAGACAGGGAAGAGGCAGUUGCAACUGUAGCCAAGGCAGUUGGAAUUGAAGAAGAAUUUGUCCACUCAUCUUUGACUCCUCAGAAAAAAUCUGAACUUAUUUCCACUCUGAAAGCUGCAGGACAUCGAGUUGCUAUGGUUGGUGAUGGCAUAAAUGAUGCACCAUCUUUGGCUUCUUCCGAUGUUGGGAUUGCUCUGCAGCUUGAAGCACACGAAAAUGCUGCUUCCAACGCAGCGUCCAUUUUACUUCUUGGAAAUAGAAUAUCUCAGGUCGUUGAUGCAAUGGAACUAGCACAGGCAACAAUGGGUAAGGUGUACCAGAAUUUGUCGUGGGCAAUUGCUUACAAUGUCGUUGCCAUUCCAAUUGCUGCUGGAGUUCUGCUCCCAGGAUUUGACUUUGCAAUGACUCCUUCCCUUUCAGGUGGGCUUAUGGCUUUAAGUUCAAUAUUCGUCGUCACCAACUCGUUACUUCUGCAAUUCCAUGGCCCCAAAGAAGCACAAAAAUCUACCUGAAUCGCGUACCAAGGAAUCAAAGAUGCCUCUAGAUUUCAAUAAACUAUAGAGUCAACUGGACAUCAGGGAAAUAACAAACAAAAUAGGUCAGGUAACUGUAUCCUCAUGACUCAAUCUGUGCUUUAAUUUCUCAUAUCUCUGAACUAAUCCACAUUUGAAAAGGCAGAUAAUAAAGAAAAACUCACGUGAUCUGAAAGAUUCUCUUGCCUAUAUUACUCUUUUUUUCUCCCUUCAUCUUGGGCAUAAUGGACGAUAUGAUUCUUCCCACUUCUGAUAUUAAAACCAGUGGAUAUAAUGGGGGAUUUCCUGAUUGGUAAAAGAAGUAUCCCCUGUUGAAAGGUUAUCUUGUUUUGUCAUGAAAUUUUCUCUGAUAUGCAAAUGCAUUAUGCAGAUGCGAAGUAUCAUUCCUCAC